CCAUCCAGAACCAAUACCUAACUGAAACGUCACCAAGUGUACCUAAUUCUAUCCAAAUACAAAAUACAUUAAGAAUAUCAAACCGACCCAAACAGCAUAAAUUGAGAUCCACUCUGUUUGUUCUCUCAGUAUCUUUUCUCGCUGUUCAUUCUCUGCGAUCGAGGGAUGGAAGCUCAAAACAAUCAACAUGAAACACAACCGGCAUCUGCUGCCAAGGCCCCAGUUGUGACUUCAUGUCGAAAGAAGAAGUCAGAUGACGCCACCUUUUUGCAGGAUGUAAAGGAUCAUAUUGAUGAGUUCAUUCAUGCUUCUAUGGAUGAACACAAAACUUGCUUUACGAAGACUAUUAAGAAGAUGUUUGGAAUGUCAAAGGUGGUAGCUGAAAGGAAUUCUAACUCUGAGGGAGUUGAAAGUUCUCUUCCCCUCCAGACAACAAUAGCCAACUAGAGUAUCUUAUAGUCAUAUGCUCUUUCAGCAGCCUGAUAUCUGUUUCAGCUAUAAUGGGUUUUUUUCAGGCUAACGAAUUAGGAUAUAUGUGGUAUGCAUAGGUUUAUGAUCGUACAAAUAAGAGAUUGUGUUUCAAAACCAGGUUUUGAAUUACAGAUUUCUGUGUUGUUAGUGAUACACUAGGAAAUUUUGUGGUUUUGAAACUUUGUUUUGUUACUGUAGGAUUAUCACAUCGAUCAUAAUCAGAUACUAUGUAUUUGAGUAAAAUUGAAUGGAAUUCAUGGUUUGCCCCAAACUCAAACCUUCCUCCCAA